UAGCUUUGUUGCCGAUAACGAUCCAGUGUUUAUGUUUUCUCACAAAUGGCGAUGUCGAUAGCCUUAUCAUGCAGCCAUCUCAGUCCUACAGCCAAGCUUCCCCACUCCUCAAUCUCCCCGCCCACAACGCUUCCCUUCCCUCACAAAUCCUUCAGCCUCAAAGCCCCAAUAUUCUCCAUUUGCCGUAGCCAGUAUGGUGGUUCGGGUUACGAGGAAGCUGAGGCGGUCGACGAACUUUUCUUCCGCGAUUUGGUUGAGGAGAGCGACGACGACGAAACAGAGAGCAGCGUUGAUUUAUUGAUGAGAUUCUUGCAGAGCAUGUUAAGGAAAGUCUCGAAGCGUGCCAAGAAGGCUUCUCGCUCUAUCUUACCUGCUGGAAUAUCGCCCCAACUAGUGUCCUUUGCAGUUGAUGGAGUACUCUUAUUUGCUGCACUUUCCAUUCUCAAAUCACUUCUUGAGGUGGUUUGCACUCUUGGAGGCACUGCAUUUGUCGUAAUACUGCUCCUUCGCGUGAUUUGGGUUGCUGUGUCAUAUUUUCAAUCGAUUAGCAAUGGUUUUAACCAAGAUGUGCUCUACUAUUUCCUCUUGUACAUUUGACGAGGAAAAUGCAAAUAUGACAACCGUGUACACUUUUUUACACUAGCACUAUUGAAUGAUUGAUCA